UCUUCGCUCUAGAACACAUAGCUCAUCUCAGAAUCAGUUUUAACGCUUUAACUGUCCUAGGUGUACAUGACGUAACAGAUUGGCGCAGUUUGCCUAGUGGCCAUUUUGUUUUCAAUUGCACGGCUGAUUAAGGUGUCCAUCUGUCCAUUCAGCGUGGUGAGAGAGGCAACAAUGGAUUCAAAACGGCAUGAACGCAGUUCCAAGUCCAAUACAGAUUCACCACCAGCUCCACCUUCGCCUCCUAUGUAUAGUGCAAGUUAUACAACAUAUGAUGGGUACAAAAACAGAAUGUCGUCGCGCCGUUCACCUUCACCCUUGGAGUAUAGAAGCAGUAGAUCUUCCCGAAAUGACUCGCCACAAGACAGACGUAGAAGAAGACGCAGUACUUCAAAAUCUUCUCCAACUAGAUCGUACAAACGAUCUCGAUCCCCCGAUAGAGAUAAAGAUCGAGACAGAGAUAGAGAUCGAUCGCGCAAAUAUUCCAGGAGAGAUAGAUCAAGGUCUAGGUCAAGAGGAAGAUCGCGUUCCAGAGAUAGGAGACGUAGUCGCAGUCGUAAUAGGAGUAAAGAUAGACAUAGAGGUAGAGAAAGCCGCAGAUACCAUAGAGCACCAUCGUACGAGUCAGAUACAGCUGAAGAUAAUACAGAAACAACUGUAUCUCAUCCAGUUGUUCCUCCACAAUCUAAUGCUUUUAAGAAUGAUGGUAGUUUUAUGGAAAUGUUUAAAAAAAUGCAGGAACAAAUGCAACCUGCACAAAAACCGGCGACUUCUGUUUUGGAAGAAAAAACUGUUGUUCCUCCACCUUUGAUGGUAGGAAAGAGGCGAGGAGGUAGAAUUUUAAAAACUGGAAUGGUUGCCAAACCAAAGACUGAACAAACUGUUGAACAACCUAAGGAUGCUUGGUCACUCUAUAUGGCUGAAGUGAAAAAAUACAGAGAAGUUUGCUGUCAGGAAGAAGAUAACACAAGACCAUUGGUUAAAUAGCUGAUUUUAUUUUCAACCAUUUUCCAUUUUGUUACUUUGUUUUAUCUACAAUGAAUGUGCUUUCAAAAGAUGCUGUGUUCUCUUAAUUACAACAUGGUUGUAUUUAAAUAUACAAGAAUAGCUAUUAACCAACUUUAAAAAAGAGCUCCAUGUAUACUAAAAUUAUUUAAAAUUUAUGAAAGCUUUGAAUUAAAGCUUUUUAUUAUUUACCAAGAAAAACUUCUAUAGAAAUGUAUGCAAAUAUGGGGAAGCUUUUUCUUUUCUCAAUUACUAGAUAGAAUGUACAGUAUAUGUUAUUCAAAAAUUAUAAAUAUAUAGUAUCCAAAAUUCUUAAAUAUUUCGAGUUAAAGAACAUUAUUAAUGUAAUAUGAGAGUAAAAACAAGGACUGCAGUGAGAAAGCAAUUAAUGUUUGUGAUAGUGUACUAUGUGAUGCAAGAGACAAACUGACUAAAGCGAGAGACAAACAUGUAAAGAGUUUGCCUUGUGGGAGAAAGGGAGGGUGACAGAUUGUAGCACUUUUAAUAAAUAUAAUACAUU